UCGACUCUUUCAGCGCUAAGUAGGUUAAAUGGAAGAGCCGAGGAGAGAAUCGCGCCCUGUCUGGGAAUAGCGCGACUAUACUUGGCUCAUGCGGUCUAAAUAUUCCCCCUUCUGAAGCGAUAAUGUGAACGCAGGCGCUCGCUUCUAUUGGCGCUUCAGCCUGUCAUUCGUCUCCCGAAGCCCCGAGGUUGGCUAAUUACGCAGACACGUUGGGAUAAUCCCGGUUGGCAGAAGCUGAUGUCAGAUUGGUUUGGCUAACCGCAAAUCCGCUCUAGUUGAGGUGGGCAAUGCAGGACUAGCUUGCGGUCACUGCUGCGGGAGGAGUGGAGGGAGAGCCUGGCUGCUCGGGAAUUUCAUUUCUGAUGGGCUGUCAGUCCACCUGCUAACCUGCCCGCUUCACUGACCAAAUGGAGCUGUCCUUGUGAUCCGACGCGCUCGAUCUCCACCGCGACGUCUCCGCGCUCGCAGGGCCGUAACGUAAGAGUUUUGUCUGCGCGCUCUGCGAUAUGGGGACCGUGCUCUCUAUAUCCCCUAUAGCGACUAAGGGGACCAUUCUGAAAGAUGGAGAAGACGAAGCCAACGGGAAAAUCGAGAAAAGCUUUAAAAGGCAGUCUGUGGUCGUGUCCACGCUCACGUUUAAGCGGUUAGUGACCGCAUCGAGUAAGAAGAAAAGUGCCAAGAAAGUCAGCCCGAAUCCUCUUCCUCUGCCCGCGAGCAGCGACUGUCAGGUGGAGCAUCUGAAUCAGGAGAACUCCAAGAAAUCGAAACAGUCCGAGAAGAAAACAAAGAAUGGACCUCUCGCCGUGCCCAUCCCCACGGUCCCUCCCCAUCCGGACCAGGAGCAGGAGCAGUUCACUCCAGCGGCGAAGCAACUGGUGUCGGUCCAGAAGCAGCCCAGCAGCCGGUCGCUCGUCUCGCCGCGGCGCGUGAUCGUCCAGGCCUCCACCGGGGAGCUGCUCCGUUGUCUGGGCGAAUUCCUGUGCAAGCGAUGCUGCAGAGUCGGGGAGCUCACCCCAAACGAGGUUAUCCUCUGGUUCCGAAACGUGGACAGGACUCUGCUGCUGCAGGGCUGGCAGGACCACGGCUUCAUCACGCCUGCCAACCUCGUGUUCGUCUAUCUGCUCGUUAGGGAAACCGUGACCGAGGAUGUCGACAGUCCGCGUGAACUCCACGGGACCUUUCUGACCUGCCUCUAUCUGGCGUAUUCCUACAUAGGGAACGAGAUCUCGUACCCUCUCAAGCCCUUCAUGGUCGACACCAAUAAGGACGUGUUUUGGGAUCGUUCGUUAGAUGUCAUCGAUAAACUCAGCGGCAAAAUGCUGCAGAUAAACAUGGAUCCGCACUUUUUCACAGAGGUUUUCCAAGACUUAAAAAACGAAGGAGAUUAUAAGAAGGAUGCGAGCGAACUGGAUCGCUGAGUGCGGUCAGAAUCUCAGCAGAGAUCAAUUGCUUCUGAUUUAUUUGGAGGUAAUUGUAAUCAGCUCUGCCUCAAUGACUGUUACGUUGCACCUUGAGCCGAUUUAUCAAUUUAGUAUUUAUGACACUGUUGUGUUGGCUUUGUUUUAUCAGUAUUAAGUAGCCCCGGUGAAGUGAUUUGUAAUAGCCAACUUGGCUUCACCGGUGUAGCUGCAGUUUUAUGCAUGUCGUAUAAAUUUACAUCUGUUGCCGUGAUUCACAGUCACUCAUAAAAAAGGGAACGCGCAACUUUUAUUCCACAUAAAGUCAGCCUCAUCUGUCAUUUCUAAGUUAUCCGGGUCACUAUUCUCCUGAGACCUAAAGUUGCGUAUUUUAGAUCUGUUGUUGCAUUACAAUUGUUUUAUGUCAUUUAAGUGUUUGGUGUAGCCUUUCCAGCAUACUUAUAUUCGUUUAGCUCCAAAAACAUAUACACCAUUUGUGUUGUAUUGUGAAAAACGACUGGAAGCUGCUGUGUCAAGGAUUGAAUGGUACUAGCGCGGACCAGCGUGGGUCUCAGGAGGAUGAUGCUCCACUUGAAGAGACGUGAACGGAACUAUCCAAGGUGCUGACCUAUUUAUGCUCGUGUGCUCUACUGACAGACACUUGUCUCCGGCCAUUCUGGAUUUGAAACUUGAAAGUGUUUUCUCUUCUCUGAGAGCUUCUAUGUGCCAAUUCUUGGGUGAUCUGAUCGUUUCACACUGGUUUGAGGAAAAUGGGCGGAUCGCGCUUGGAGAUUAUUUUUAAUACUUUGAGGUGAUUCUUCAGUGCUCUUUCUUGAAUUUAAUAAAAGCCAGUCUAACUGGUUUUCUUGCACAAGCUCAUUAAUGCACUGACUACGUGCCAUUUGACGACAUACUUUAAGGUCAUAUAACAUUGAUAGGUUCAGCUGAUCUUUGGGACAAGCCAUCUUAUCAUUUAUCUCUACAGUGUACAAUAAAACUGGAAAUCUCUUC